AUGAGCAUUCCCCACACUCCAUUGAACAGUCCUAUGCGCAAAAGCAAGAGCAUGAACGACAUGACCACUAGUCGGAUGCUGUGGCCUUCAGCGGACGAGUCCUUCUUCACGCGAUGCCUCCCUUCCCUGCCCAUGAUUCGGACGCCAGCCACGUACACCCCCACACACAACACCGAUCCUCCUCCACAACAAGUGAUCACGAGCGAACCGCUGCACAGUCUCCUGCGACUCUUCUACCGCACAGCCGACGCAAAGUUGAAGCGCGACCUCACAGACCAAGUGCCCGUCGACCGACCAAACAAGGUCCCGCGCACGGCCUAG